CGGUGGAUGACGGGAAGGCGGAUCCGGGAGUGGGAGGAGUUGGGAGCUGUGAGGUGUUGUUGCCGCUUCCUGGGUUCGGGAUUACCUGGCGAGUGGAGCUGCGGAAAUCUCUGCGGUGACCGGUAGAUUACCACGUCCCGGCCGUACAAGUGGCGGAGAGCACGGGCUAUACCGGGCACCGACAUGAGUGGCCCCUCCGAGCUGUGCGGCCCGGGAGAAGGGGACAAGGUGUAAUUUUUCUACUGUAACCAAGACUUUCCACCAUGGAACCUGAAAUUAUUCGAAUGUAUUCCUCAUCCCCACCUCCUCUCGAUAGUGUUGCAGAUGAUGACGACGAUGAUGGGUUUGGAGAAUUUGGAGGCUUUUCUGACGUCCACAGCUCUGGAAUUGGGUUUGCCAACUUUGACACAGUCAGUUAUCCGAAGACUAGUGAGGACUUUAUACCAUCGAAACAUUUCUUACCUAUACACGAUUUCUCGGAUAACGUAAAUGACUUCUCUAGCCUUACCUCCAUCACAGCCAAUGAGAACAUCUCUGAGAUUGGUAUUUCGAAGAAGGGACCUUGUUCUGUGUUUGAGACUAACAUCAACCAUGACACCACCCAAUUCAACGUUGCUGCACUUGAUAAUAAAGGGAGCUCAGGGGAGAACGCAAAAUAUAUAAACUCAGAGACCCAACUUACUUGUAAUGAUAAUGAUCAUUUUAUAAGUAGAAGUCAGGAACAAAUAGCUAGUACGUGCAAUGGUGAGAAAAUAAACAGCCUGGAAAAUCUCACGAAUGGGUUUGCAGUGGCAGAUGGCGACAACCCUCAGGGAUUACAAGAUCUUGACCGAAUGGGACAUUCAAAAGGAUUUAAGUCAACCAGUUCUCAAAGUACAGAUUUAAGUAUAGACUUUUCACCACCAAGCCCCAGAGAUGAGUUUGCUGACUUUGCUACAUUUUCAAGCAAGGACCAUGUAGACAUAGAUGAGGUACAUUUGGAACCAUCGAAAGGUUCACAUGAAGGACAGGCUCAAAGUAUUAACCCUAGCACUGAAUCAAGUAGAUUUGAACAUGGCGGUGUCUCGAUUGCCAUGGAAGAACUAAAAGACCCCUUUCCUCGAGAAGAAAUUGAAGAGCCUGAUACAUUAACAUUAAGCAGUGUUCUUCCUCCUGAAACAAAGUCAGAUAUGACAGAAUCCGAAAUUUCUGAUAGUAUGCAUUCACUGGAUACCAAAAAUAGUAGAAAUGAGGAAGAACAGACUAUUAAUACAAUAGAUCCUCCUCAUAAUGAGUCUCUGGAAACAUCAAAAGAUGUUAGAAAGAUAGAACUUGAUUCCGAUAUUGAAAGUGGACAUGACGUGAAUGUUCCUCACGAGCCAGAGUUUGAUGCUUUUGGAGAUGUUGAUGCUGCUCUUCCUGUGACAGACAGUGUCACGUUGGAUAAAAAACAUGUUCAUGAACCUUUAGAACUGCCCUCGAAUGUGAUGGAGGGAAAUGAUAAUGACUUUGGUAGUUUUGAGGAUACAGCUUUAUCUUUCCAGGAGGACCAGGCAGUGCCUUCAGAAAAGUUGUCUUCUGAAGACAAGACAUCUCAACAGUGGGCUUCUGAGGAACCAGAUGAGUUUAGGGAGUUUGGAAGCUUUGUAUCUUUGGCAAAAAAAGAGGAGUCGAGUGUUACACAGGACUCAGAUGACUUUGCUGAUUUCAGUACGGCAGGCAGUAUUCAGCAGCCUUCAGACUGGAAUGCAUUUGAGGAUGAUCAGGAGGGAAGUGCUGCUUCUUGGGCUGCCUUUGGAGAUCCGGAGAUAGAGCCUUCUACAGAGUCUGAUGAUUGGCAGUCAUUUAGGACAGACAUUCCCUCUAGCACUAAUGAGCAGGUUGUAGACACACAAAGCAUCGACCUCCCGGCAGUUCAGGAACCUGAAACAAUGCUUGCUUGUGAAGAUUCAACAAUUGCCUUUCAGAAUCCAUUACUGAGUCGUCUAGAAAGAGUCAUCCUCGCCUGUUUCCCUCCUCCUCCUGUUGCUGAAAUCGAUGAGAAGAUUUCACCUCUAGAUCUUCUGUUAUGCACAGAGCAGCAGGAGGAGACCUCAAAGUCCAGGUCUUCUGCCAGCUUACACACAGAAGUGCUGGACAUAUGGAGCGAGCUGCAGGAUAUUCAUGAUGCCUACGGACUGAAGCACCAGUGGGGAGGAUCUCACAGCAACAAAAAGCUCCUGCGCUCCCUAGGAAUCGACACAAGGAACAUACUCUUUACAGGCAAUAAGAAGCAGCCGGUUAUCGUGCCCAUGUAUGCAGCAGGUCUGGGUAUGCUGGAGCCGACCAAGGAACCUCUCAAGCCUUUAUCUGCUGCAGAAAAGAUAGCAUCAAUAGCGCAGUCGUCUCCUGUUCCUCCAGAUGAGAGUAUUUGUUCUUCUGACCAGUUACAGGAAUCCCUCCCACCUGUCCAGUUUGACUGGAGUAGCAGCGGCCUUACCAACCCCUUAGAUGCUAGUGGAGGGUCUACUCUUCUGAAUCUUGAUUUCUUUGGACCCGUGGAUGACAGUGGCUUUAACAGCACCACCACUAUCCCAGGUGUGGAUCCCGAGCUGUACGCACUGACGACGGCGAAGGUGGAGUGCUCCAGUGCCAGCAGCAAGGCGACUGACGCAUUUGCAAGACUGAUGUCCACAGCAGAAACCACAAGCACAUCGGCAAGGAAACCUAGAAGGGACGAGAACCUCAGUGAAGAGGCCGCGAAGGUCAUCGCCAGCCUCCCUGACCUAUCCUUCAUGCAUGCUAAGGUGUUGAUGUUCCCAGUCUCUUUAACACCUCUAACAAGUUGUCAAGAUAAGGUUGACUGAUGACACAAAAACUAAGGAGAAAGAAAAAAUAUAUCAAAGAAUCCAAAAUGCAUUGGAUGUUUUAUAUCCAAACUUUUUGAAGAGGACGAACGUGUUCUUGCUUUUUUUUUAUAGAAUCACUUGGGCUGAUUUGUCGGUAAGCAGCACUAUAAAGGGUAUAUACACUCGGAUGUAUAUUUCAACACUGAAUACUUCAUUUAUAUGAAAAAUCUUCAAAAUAGUUUGUAUAUAAAGGCAAGAGGAAAUGUUUUUUUUUUCUUUUCUUUGAUGUGCUGGGUACAUACACUGGUGGAUCCUUUCUUACAAAAAAUCCAAAACAGACAAGAGUGAACAUGCAAAACCUUCACUGCCUGUGAGCCUGUCGUGGUGACUUCUUGUUUUCUUCCGCUCCCGGUUGUAUUGAAGUUGUUGUACUGUUACAUCUCAAUGUUCAGUGUUGUUUCUUUUGUGUGUUAACUUGAAGUAAGAUGGAGCUGAAUCUGGCUUUAGGAGCAUUAAACCCUGUAGGUCUUUUAGGUGUCCUCUUCUGUAAAGAAAUUAGGCAGGGUUCACAUCUGCGGCAUGCUGAGAUGGCACAUAUGCCAGGUGUCAGCUGGACCAAAGAUCGUUGCUUGCAACUGACUUUGUCCAGCCCAAACCCAGUCCAUGGGGAUGCAGCAGUACCCAGUUAGUUGUGUCCGGCUAUGCCUGACGUGGUGAGCUAUGGCAGCCCGAUCCUUAUCCAGAUCAGAUUCCAGAACGGCUGCCUUACAAAGUCUUCUCCCUGGUUUACUAAUUCGUUUGGUUUCUGGGUAAGCUGGGUGACAACCAGUAUGGCUGCCAUUAUUGGUCCCACUGAGGCUAUCCCAGACCCCUAAAUGGAAAACGUGCCUGGGUAUAUAGUGAUGCUACCAAAUUGUUCUAUAACAAGGCAGGUUUUCUUAGAUUUUCUCUGAUAGGACCUACACCUUGUAUAGUUCUCAUUAGGACCAUUGAUAUGGAGAUGUGAAUGGAGCCAAGGAGGCCAUGCCCCCAUCACAUAAAAUGGGCAUGGCCUUCCUGGUUUGACUCUGGUCUCUUCAGGCUAUCUCACACACACACUGGAUGAACUAAGUAAUUCAGCUCGAGAACACGAACAAAAGCGGCGCAUACGUACAAUACAGAUGACAAUGGGCACAGAGAGCGGCACAUUGUCCCAAAGAUCCACAUUUACAACAAUGCUGCUCUCCCAAUCCAUUGUAUUUACACCCGUGUCCAGUAUUGUAUGGUGCACAUGUAUUUAUCCUGAUCGGUCUCCUCCUAGUGCGACAUCUUCUCCUACUCUGCCAAAAUGAGACUUCAAGAACACUUUGAUGGGGCUGCGUGAAACUUCUUGAGGAGUGGAAGGAGCAACCAGAGGGCGAUUCCCUCCUCCUACCUUGACUUCAGUUCAGGCGGAGGAUUUCUAUCUGUAGAAAAGACUGCUGUACUAUAUUAAAAAACAUUGCCACGUUAUCGCCCAUCCCUAGUGACUGCCUCAAAUAGAGGUCAUCACUGAAGUGCUCCAGAAGUAGGUAUGUAGGCAGCUCCCCUGAUAUGUUUUAGGAAGGUUUCACACAGCGGUUUUAGCAAAAACUCUGUUUUUUCCCCCAACAGGCAUACACCAUUGCCAGAUGAGAUGACUGUGAGGCAAUAGAAACUUUCGAAACGCACUACAAGUAUUUUUCUUGUUUUUUUGGGGCAUUUUUUGAGUACCUGCAUUUUAAUCAAAAUGCAUUACGUUUUUUUUUGCCUGUAGACUUAUUUAUAAGGGAACAAAAUUGUCAAAAAUGUGCGACAACAAAGUUUUUUUUUUUUAUUCAAAUAUUUUUGACGUGCUGCUUUAAUGCGUUUUACCAGUCCUGUAAAAAAGCCUAUGGUAAAACACGACGUUUAACACACCUACGGAAUAUGUCAGCGCUAUAGAAGUGCGUAAAAUAAAUAAUAAAUGUAACAAAACAACCGUAUUUUUGGUCCACUUCCAUUCUGCUAUUUUGUGGACAGCACACACAUAUCCUCCAUGUGCUGACUGCAUCCGUGCGGCCGUUCCACAAGCUAGAGAACACGUCCUAUUCUUGCCCAUUUGCAGACAAGAAUAGGCAUUUCUACAAUAGGGCCUAUUCAUAUUUUGCGGAUCCGCCAUUUACGGCACAAAAAAUAUAUAUGCGCCUGUGCAUGAGGACGGAGUCCGCAAAACUUGGAUCUGCAAAAAAAAAAGAUGACAUCUGUGUGACGUCCAUGUUGCUUUCUUCUUCUUUUUUUUUGCGGAUCCA